GUACCCCCUAAGGUAUUGACUUGAGGUUGAAUUAUAUUGAAAAGCUCCUGAACAUUCUCUUUCAUCACUAAAACUGUGGUAAGGCCCAACCGAUGUGCCCACCUCACUGAAUCCAUCCAGCCUCUCUUAGAUAGCCAUAAAAGACUUUUUCACAUUAAUUUUGACCACAUACUUGCCUGCACUUUAUGGAGGAUGAAACCAUCACACCUAAUCAACAUUGCUGCUGAUACUGGAGUUUCAGAGCCAGAACAUUAAAUGCUCUUUGUGAGUGUGUGAAGAAUUAUAAUAGUGACACUGAACGUUCUCUUUUUUGAAGUGUUCAGGACCUCGUGCAAGUCCUGUGCAGUCUUCCCACUCACUCUGACUUCUUGCCUGGGGACAGCUCUGUGACUGUUCUAUGGUAGGUGUAUUUCCUUUCCAGUCUGAGUAUGAGUGCCCAGACUUCCCUAGCAGAGAAGGGCCUGAAUCCAGGGCUGAUGUGCCAGGAAAGUUACGCCUGCAGCGGAACCGAUGAGGCUGUCUUUGAGUGCGAUGAGUGCUGCAGUCUGCAGUGUCUCCGCUGUGAGGAGGAGCUCCACCGGCAAGAGCGUCUGCGAAACCAUGAGCGGAUAAGACUCAAACCUGGUCACGUUCCGUACUGUGACCCCUGCAAGGGUCCCAAUGGGCAUUCACCAGGUGUUAGGCAGAGGGCCGCUGUGCGGUGCCAGACCUGCAAAAUCAACUUGUGCCUGGAGUGCCAGAAGAGGACUCAUUCGGGGGGUAACAAGAGGAGACACCCCAUUACCGUGUACCAUGUCAGCAAAGUCCAGGAAUCACUGGAGGCAGAAGAGAUGGAUGAGGAGACCAAGAGGAAGAAGAUGACUGAGAAGGUUGUGAGCUUCCUCCUAGUAGAUGAAAAUGAAGAAAUUCAGGUAACAAAUGAAGAGGACUUUAUUAGGAAAUUAGACUGCAAACCUGAUCAGCAUCUGAAGGUGGUUUCUAUUUUUGGAAAUACUGGUGAUGGAAAGUCUCAUACCUUCAAACAUACUUUCUUUUAUGGCCGUGAAGUCUUUAAAACUUCUCCUGCCCAGGAGUCUUGCACAGUGGGAGUGUGGGCAGCCUACGACCCAGUCCACAAAGUAGCAGUGAUAGACACAGAAGGGCUCUUAGGGGCUACUGUGAAUCUAAGCCAGAGAACACGGCUACUACUAAAGGUCCUAGCCAUCUCAGACCUUGUUAUCUAUCGAACUCAUGCAGACCGGCUGCAUAAUGACCUCUUCAAAUUCCUCGGGGAUGCUUCAGAAGCUUAUCUGAAGCACUUCACCAAGGAGCUCAAGGCUACCACUGCCCGCUGUGGCCUCGAUGUCCCCUUAUCUACUCUUGGCCCUGCAGUUAUCAUUUUCCAUGAGACUGUGCACACUCAACUACUUGGCUCUGACCACCCCUCUGAGGUGCCAGAGAAGCUCAUCCAGGACCGGUUCCGGAAGCUGGGCCGCUUCCCUGAAGCCUUUAGUUCCAUUCACUACAAGGGAACAAGGACUUACAACCCUCCCACAGACUUCUCUGGGCUUCGGCGUGCUUUGGAGCAGCAACUGGAGAACAACACUACCCGUUCUCCACGGCACCCAGGGGUCAUCUUCAAAGCUCUGAAGGCUCUGAGUGACCGCUUCAGCGGUGAGAUUCCUGAUGACCAGAUGGCACACAGCUCCUUUUUCCCAGAUGAGUACUUCACCUGCUCCUCCUUGUGCCUCAGCUGUGGGGUUGGAUGUAAGAAUAGCAUGAACCAUGGGAAGGAAGGAGUGCCUCACGAAGCCAAGAGCCGCUGCAGUUACUCCCACCAGUAUGACAACCGCGUUUAUACCUGCAAGGCCUGCUAUGAGAGAGGCAAGGAAGUCAGCGUAGUGCCCAAAACAUCUGCUUCCACCGACUCUCCCUGGAUGGGUCUUGCGAAGUAUGCCUGGUCUGGGUAUGUGAUCGAAUGUCCUAACUGUGGCGUGGUCUACCGUAGCCGGCAGUACUGGUUUGGGAACCAAGAUCCUGUGGAUACGGUGGUGCGCACAGAGAUUGUGCACGUGUGGCCUGGAACAGAUGGAUUUCUAAAGGACAACAACAAUGCUGCCCAGCGCCUUUUGGAUGGGAUGAACUUCAUGGCUCAGUCAGUGUCCGAGCUUAGCCUGGGGCCCACCAAGGCUGUGACCUCCUGGCUAACAGACCAGAUCGCUCCUGCCUACUGGAGACCCAACUCCCAGAUCCUGAGCUGCAACAAGUGUGAGAUCUCCUUUAAGGAUAACGACACUAAGCAUCACUGCCGGGCCUGUGGGGAGGGCUUCUGUGACAGCUGCUCAUCCAAGACCCGGCCAGUGCCCGAACGGGGCUGGGGCCCUGCGCCCGUGCGGGUGUGUGACAACUGCUACGAAGCCAGGAAUGUCCAGUUAGAUGUCACUGAGGCACAGGCGGACGAUGAAGGCGGAACACUGAUUGCUCGGAAGGUGGGCGAGGCGGUGCAGAACACUUUGGGAGCUGUGGUGACAGCCAUCGACAUACCACUAGGUCUGGUGAAGGAUGCAGCCAGGCCGGCCUAUUGGGUGCCUGACCACGAGAUCCUGCACUGCCACAACUGCCGGAAGGAGUUCAGCGUCAAGCUCUCCAAGCACCACUGCCGGGCCUGUGGACAGGGCUUCUGUGAUGAGUGCUCUCAUGACCGCCGGGCUGUCCCGUCUCGGGGCUGGGACCAUCCCGUCCGAGUCUGCUUCAACUGCAAUAAAAAGCCUGGUGACCUUUAACCCCAGCUCCCUCUUCGAGUCCUUCACAAUUCCUUAGGUUCUCAGGGUUAGAAACAAAAGUCUCAUUGAGGUAGGCCCUCCUCCUUCCUGGUAACCUACUGUGACCUGUGUCCUUUUCUCUCCUCAACCUGGGGCCACUUUCCCUUGGUGGGGGGGAUGAGCCUGGCGGCAGGCCCGAAGGCAUGAGCCCCUCAGGCAAGGUCAAGCAGCAAAGGGGAAUGAACCUGAAUCCGUUGCAUUUAUUACAAUUUUAAAAUAACAUAUAUAUAUAUAUACACACACACACACACAUAUAUAUCUCCAUAUACACGUGUGAAAGGAACAGGGAGUGUGUAAAAGCUGCUGCUGGCCGCAAAGACUCAUCACAGUCUGUCCCCAGCACAGGGAGAAGGAAGCAGUAGGUCACCCCACAGCAGAGCCAGGCCCACUGCCCCUGCAUUGCCAGACACCUUUUGCUGUUCCUCUCCGAACCUCUUUCUUGCCCUCGCCCUUCAUGCCUCUCAGCUGUCUGGGAAAGCAGGCCUCCCAGGGGCUUUUGGCUUGAAACAGCCUGGAGAGAAACUCUGUCUGGGUCCUUGAGAAACCACAUGUCAACGCUGUUUCAGUCAGAGCCCACCCAGCUUAGUGUGCAGGUCACCGGGGUGGGUGGAGGGUCAGAGCUGGGCCUUCAGCCCGGAGAAGCUGAAGAGCAGGUGCCCUGCAGGUACGUGCCCCAGCUCUCUACCUGGGGCCAUCUUCCUCAGGAGCGUGUCCUACUCAUCAGUGCUUCUGUGUCUCCAUUAGGCUUUCCCGAGAGGCCGCCCCUCACUCCUAAGUCACAGCACCUGCCAGCCAUCUCCUCAUGCCCCUUCACCCACUGUCUGCUUCAGGGUGUCGCAGUAGGGUUUUUAUUGCUUAAAGUGUCUUAAUUCUUUGUUCCCAGACACUCAACCCCUCUAGCUAUGAGAGGGGGGGAGCAUGAGAAACCUUCCAGGGAAACAGAGCACAGAAUGGACUGUUAGUGUUUUUUUAAAAGUAUAUAUAAAUAUUGCAACAGAUCGUAAAGGUCAUAAAAAUUUCUCUUUGGUUCUUGCAAGAGAAGUCAAAAGGACUUUCGUUUCUCAUCAAAAGCUUGGACAUCCAUAUUUCUUGCGACUGGAAAGAGACUUUUGCUGAAAUCCUGUCAUCAUGGUGAAUUUUAUCUUCAGUUACCAAAAAUGAAGAAUUAAAGCAACAUGGUUCUUGACUGAACUGGUGGGUGGGUUGAGCUGCAGGGAGGGACGUGGGCGGUCAUUCCUGGUGUGAGUAUCCGUGUGACAUGAUCCCUGGAGUGUGCUGGUCCUUCUCAGGCCUGCUCCUUCCUGCCCCAUGUGGCCCAGUGACUGAGGCCCUACUCUAGAACUGUGUAUUAUCAGAUUUGCCACCAUAAAGGAACCUUCCUGCCGAA